AUGGUCCAAAUCGGCCAAGCCAUUCAAGCCAUCUUCAUAGGCUAUAAUGGAUGUGUGUACGGUUGCCCUCUCUCCCCUCAGAUUGUGUUCUACGAGGAUAAGAGCUUCCAGGGCCGCCGCUAUGAGUGCGACAGCGACUGCUCCGACUUCCACGCCUACCUGAGCCGCUGCAACUCCAUCCGGGUGGAGAGCGGCGCCUGGGUGCUGUACGAGAGGCUCAACUUCAUGGGGCACCAGUACGUCCUCAUCCGGGGGGAGUACCCCGACUACCAGCGCUGGAUGGGCCUCAACGACCGCCUCAGCUCCUGCAAGAUGGUCCACUUCACCGGGGGGUCUCAGUAUAAGAUCCAGCUGUAUGAGAAGCCAGAUUUCGGGGGCCAGGCCUUCGAGGGUUCAGACGACUGCCCCUCGCUGCUGGAGAAGAUCCGCUGGAGGGAGGUGAACUCGUGCAAGGUCCUGGACGGAUGGUGGGUUUUCUACGAGCAUCCAAACUACCGCGGGCGCCAGUACUUCCUGGAGAAGGGGGAGUACCGUAAGCACGGCGACUGGGGGGCCGCGAGUCCCACAGUGCAGAGCUUCAGGCGCUUCACUGAAUGA